AUGAGCAGUGGAGAGUUUAUAGUAAUAGAUGAAUCUACAAGGGAAAUUUUAAAGACAAUUUCACUGAAUCUUGACUUUCACAACAAUUGUGAACAUGUCAUUUGUCCUACUUGUUCUGCUAAAAUGUACUCUGCGUUUCACUUCAGGUCCACUUGUCUCUACGUUGAAGACAAGAUUUUGUCUUAUGUUAAUUCCAAAGUGUCAUUCGUCGAUUUAAGAGAAGUUUAUUUAAAUGAACACGAGAACAAACCUUCAGUUAAAAUGGAGGAUGAUCAGAAAAUAUGUCGAUUAUGUUUGCAGUUAGUCAGCGAAGGAUUUGUAACAUUUUAUGAUGUGACGUUAGAGAUGAUGUAUAGAUACAUUCCAGAAGUGAAUUUUGGCAUCACCGAAGAUCCCGUUAUUUGUAGGCAAUGUUUUGAUUCGCUCAGCCUUCAUGAUGCUUUUAUAAAGACCUGUUCGGACGUGGAACUGAAAAUUGCCAAUGUACAAAAUAAUAUCACAGAUUUUGGAUCUAGCGACGUGUUCAUUAAAAGCGAAAAUUUUGAAAUUGUGCUAAGAGAUGAACAAAGGAUGGAACAAUUAGUUAAGAUUGAAAAAGAAGUGCAAGCAGAAGAAACGGUGAUCAAAAUGGAAGAGGUUGACAUAAAAAGCGAGGAGAAUUAUUGUAAAAGGGAUUCCUCUUCGUGGGACCUACAUGAGACAAUUGAAAAAAAAAUGAUUCGCACUUAUGAAGAUGUAGGAGAAGUAAGGAAUGAAUAUAUGUGUAAGAAAGGAGAAAUUCAAAUAGAUCAACAUGAAACGACUUUAGAUGUACCAUCAUAUAAAAGUGUAUACAUAAGUGAGUUUCAUAGCGGUCUAACACAGGAAAAUUCCAACUGCCACCAGUUAAUAAGCAAGGACCCUUUAGAAUUCAAAAUGUACAAAUGUGAUACAUGUAGUUUUCAAGCUAGAUACAGGAGUCAUCUAAAAGCGCAUCUGUUAUCACACAUGGACCGUUCAGAAAUCAAAAUGUACAAAUGUGACGAGUGUGAUUAUGAGACUAAGUAUAAGAAACAUAUAAAGGAACAUCAGAUAUUACAUCUAUCCGAAAUCGAGACAUACAAGUGUGAUGCUUGCAAUUAUGAAACUAAGUUUAAAAGAUAUCUUAAAUCGCAUCAGUUAAUGCACAAAGAUUCUUCAGAAAUCCAGAUGUACAAGUGUGAUACUUGUGCUUUUGAGACUAAACAUAAGAGCAAUCUAAAAAUGCAUCAUUUAUUGCACAAAGACCCUUCGAAAAUCAAAAUGUACAAAUGUGACACAUGCGAUUAUGAAAAUAAAUAUAGAAGUAAUGUAAAAAGUCAUCAGCUAACACACAAAGGUAUUGCAGAUAUUCGAAAAUACAAGUGUGAUAAUUGUGCUUACGAAACUAAAUAUAAGUAUGAUAUAAGGAGGCAUCAGUUAGUACACCAAAACCCUUCAGCAGUCCAAUUGUACAAGUGUGGUACAUGUCCUUAUGAAACUAAAUAUAAAGGAAAUCUAAAGGACCAUCAACUGACGCAUGAGAAUCCUUCCACAGCACAACAAGAAUGUGUUUUUGAGACCAAACAUAAACAAGGUUUAAACAUUCAUGUGGUAAAACAGCAAGAUCUCUGGAAAGGUCAAAUGUACAACUUGUACAAGUGUGACAAAUGUGUUUUCCAGACAAAGCUUAAACGCAGUCUAGUUAUUCAUCAGUUAAUGCACAAAAACUCUUCAGGCUAAGUGUGCAGUUACAAUGAAUAUUUUUAUAGUCAGUAAGACUUACAAGGCUCGAAGCUUCUUUGGAUCCACAAAGUCCUGAUGUGUGCAUUGUACAAAGUGUGAAGAAGACUUACAAUUUAUAAUUGGUCAGAUAUAGUUAGUUAACAGUGAAUUUUUUAUAUUAACUCGGAUGUUAUAGUGCAAAAAAAAUGAAAAUUUUCACUCAUACUUCAUAUUUUUGUUAAAAAGUAAGGAGAAAUGUAACAAGAGGGAGUAGUAAGUUUUUCUUGAACAUAAAAUCUAUGGGAGUGAAUUUUGGGACAGAGUGGUCUACCUCUGAAUAUGUUCCUUUUCAAUAUAAGAAAAAACUAACACGGUGAAGAUAUGUAAAAUUAUAAAAGCUUAUGUAUUACAAAUAUAAUGCAGUUCAAAGCAUUAAUGUAAAGAAAUUAGAAGGAGCAAGAUACAAAAAUUAUUUUCUAGGAUUUUGUCAAUAUUAACAUAAACUCUUAAACAUGUUAAUGUAAAUUGUAAUUAAACUAAUUAUUGGAGAGAUUUAGAUCCCUUCAUUUGAGAAUCUCGCAUCAUACAAGCAAUGUAUUACCUUAAAGUGAUUAGACAAUGCUAUCAUGUUGCAAUUAAUAAAUAACAAAUAAACUAUUUAUGAUUUUUGUAAAUCAAAAAUUAUAAUUUGCAACAACUUUCAAGCCCAAUUUAAGAGAUUUGGAAAGAAACUUUUUGCAUCGAGUAAUUAACAAAUAUUUAAACAUUUUUUUGA